AUGCAGGCGGGGAUGCACUCGGUUCAGCCAGGUCUGAAUAGGCACCUGCCGCCAGGCCGUUACCGGGUUCUCCCGGCUGUCCAUAGUCUGAAGCUGAGUCGUACCCACGUGGACUGGCACAGUGUGGACGAGGUCUACCUCUACAGCAAUACCACCACCUCCAAGAUCGCCCGCACCGUCACCCAGAAACUGGGCUUCUCCAAAGCCUCCAGCAGUGGUACGCGGCUCCACCGAGGCUAUGUGGAGGAGGCCUCACUGGAAGACAAGCCACCCCAGACCACACACAUUUUCUUUGUGGUCCACGACAUUGGAUAGAAGAUGGACAUGGGACGCAUCAUCAAGAACACUGGCAUGCUAAGGGAGGCAGUAAGGAAGAUGGAGGAGAAGCACUUUUCAGAGUACACAGAGAAGUAUCUGGACUUCCUGCCUGUGGAGUGGCGCUCCAAACGGGCACUGGAUGGGGAUACGGUGGACUCCAUCACCCCAGACAAGGUGCGAGGACUGAGAGACCUGCUCAACAGCAGUGCCAUGAACAUUAUGUACUACACCGGUCCCUUGUACAGGGACAAGAUCACCAGGGGCCUGACGUCAGAGCUGAACCACCUUUACACCCUGUUCUGCUCCAGGAACCCUGAGUUUGAGGAGAAGAGGGGCAAGGUGUCCAUCGUGUCGCACUCCCUGGGCUGUGUGAUCACCUUUGACAUCAUGACAGGCUGGGACCUGGUGAGGUUCUGUCUGCAGAAGCACCAGGAUCUGGAGAAGGAGCUGGACCUGAGAUGGGAGUGUGGAGAAUCCUUCUGUAUGGGCUCUCCCCUGGUGGUGUUCCUGACCCUGAGAGGGAUUAGACCAGGGAACAGUGGAGAACAGGACCACAUUCUGCCUCGCUGCAUCUGCCAGAGGCUCUUCAACGUCUUCCACCCUACAGACCCCGUGGCUUACAGACUGGAGCCCCUCAUCCUUAAACAUUACAGCAACAUUGGACCUGCGCAGAUACACUGGUGUAGUGCUGUAGACCCCACGCCAUACGAUGAGAUCCGGCCAACCUUCAUCAACCCACAGAAGGACACGACGUCAGACACAGAGAGCAUCCCCAGCCCCUCCACUUCCCCUGUCCUGGCCAGGAAAUACUACGGAGAGUCUAUCGCCAGCAUGGGCAAGGCCAGCAUUCUGGGAGUGGCCAGUAUAGGUAACAGUAUAUGGAAGGGGAUAGGAGGGAUACUGUUCUCCCAGUUCUCCCGCUCCGCGCCCUCCGGAGUGUCCUUUGGCAUCGAGGGCGGGACCCCAGAGGGAGAGGAGCCGAAGAGGACAGUCGACAGCCAAUCAGCUUACUGCCUUUCGUCCACCUUGUCCCUGUCUCCCUCCACCCUCACAGACCCCUCAGUUUUCUGUUCUACAGUGGAAAUAGAGCGCUGCAUCGAUUUUGAACUCCGUGAGGGCCUUGUGGAGAGCCGCCAUUGGUCAGCGGUGACCUCACAUACAGCCUAUUGGGUCUCACACGAUAUUGCGCUCUUCCUACUGACGUUCAUAUACAAGCAGGCCAACGUGCCGCCACCCACAGAAGACAGUCCUGACCCAGAGUAA